AUGUCAACUUCAUCGAUAUUUCGAAGUGAACAAAUGACAUUGUGUCAAUUAUUUUUACAACCUGAUGCUGCGUAUUCUUCAAUUGCUGAAUUGGGUGAAUUGUCAAUUGUUCAAUUUCGUGAUUUAAAUCCAAAUGUCAAUUCUUUUCAAAGAAAAUUUGUCAAUGAACUUCGACGUUGUGAAGAAAUGGAACGGAAAAUUCGUUUUCUCGAAAGUGAAAUCAAAAAAGAAGAAAUUCCGAUUGUCGAUACAAAUGAAAAUCCAGAUGCGCCAAAACCACGUGAAUUGGUCGAUUUAGAAGCAAUGAUCGAUAAAUUAGAUUAUGAUCUUAAACAAAUAAAUACAAAUUCCGAUGCAUUAAGAAAGAAUUUCAAUGAAUUAACUGAAUUGAAAUUUAAUUUGGCCAUGACACAAGGAUUUUUUCAACAAGUUGAUCCAAAUGGAAAUGGAAUGUUCAAUGAUAUGACGGAGGAAAUAACGGAUGAAACUCAACGAAUGACAUCAGGUGGAAUGAAAUUAGGAUUUGUCAGUGGUGUUAUUUCUCGUGAACGAAUGAAUUCAUUUGAACGAAUGUUAUGGCGAGUUUGUCGAGGAAAUGUUUUUCUCAAAUCAGCAGAAAUUCCACAAUUAAUUGAAGAUCCAACGACAGGAGAAAAAGCGCAUAAAAUUGUUUUUGUUGUGUUUUUCCAAGGUGAACAAUUAAAAACUCGUAUUCAAAAGAUUUGUGAAGGUUUUCGUGCAAAUAUUUAUCCAUGUCCAGAAAAUGGAAAUGAACGUCGUGAAUUAACUAUGGGUUUAAUGACACGUUUAGAAGAUUUAAAUGUUGUUAUUAAUCAAACAGAAGAUCAUCGACAACGAAUUCUAAUUGAAACAUCACGUUUAAUUCGUUUAUGGAAAAUCAAAUUAAUCAAAAUCAAAUCGAUUUAUUUUACAAUGAAUAUGUUUAAUAAUGAUAUUGCAAGAAAAUGUUUUAUUGCUGAAUGUUGGAUUCCAACUUCAUAUUUAGAACAAGUUCAAUUAGCUUUACGAAAAGGAUCAGAAAUUAGUGGAAAUGUUCAAGUUUCAACUAUUCUUCAUCAAAUUACAACUAAUGAAAAACCACCAACAUAUCACAAAUUAAAUAAAUUUACUCAAGGUUUUCAAAAUUUAGUUGAUGCAUAUGGUGUUGCUUCAUAUCGAGAAAUCAAUCCAAUGUCAUUUGUUUUAAUAACAUUUCCAUUUUUAUUUGCUGUUAUGUUUGGUGAUGCAGGACAUGGACUUAUUGUGACUUUAUUUGCUUUAUGGAUGGUUUUGAAAGAAGAUUAUUUGAAAGAUAAAGGAAAAAAUCAAGAAGUUUGGAGAAUUUUCUUUGGAGGAAGAUAUAUUAUCUUAUUAAUGGGAAUAUUUUCUAUUUAUACUGGUCUUAUCUAUAACGAUAUCUUUUCCAAAUCAAUGAAUCUUUUUGGUUCAUCGUGGAAAGUGAAAUUUGAUGACAAUGUUUUAUUGAAAGAUGGUGCAGUGACAUUGGAACCAAAUCCUCGACCUUAUUCAGCUGCUGCACAUUAUGUUCAAAUGUAUAGUGGAAAUCCUUAUCCAAUUGGUCUUGAUCCAAUUUGGCAAAUAUCAGAAAAUAAAAUCACUUUUACAAAUUCAGCAAAAAUGAAAUUUGCAAUUAUCAUUGGAAUUAUGCAAAUGAGUUUUGGUGUUUUUCUUAGUUUAGGAAAUCAUUUAUAUUUUAAACAUUAUUAUGCAAUCUUUUUGGAAUUUAUACCACAAAUUGUUUUUCUUUUAUCGAUUUUUGGUUAUUUAAUUAUUUUAAUCUUUUAUAAAUGGACAACGUAUUUAGCUGAACAAGCAACAGAUGCUCCAUCACUUCUUAUUCAUUUGAUCAAUAUGAUGUUGAUGUCAUAUCCAACAGAUGAUUCGAAAACACCCAAAAGCAUUGUAGUCUUUUAUAAUCAUCAAAGAACUAUUCAAAUUAUUCUAUUAAUUGUCGCUGUGAUUUGUAUUCCUUGGUUAUUAAUUGGAAAACCAAUUUAUAUUAUUGUUCAACGAAAGAAAAAGACUAAUUCAACAGAAUUAGUUCAUCAAGAAAGAGAAGCAAGUAAUGAUAUUGAAAUGCAUGAACAAAAUGAACCACAUCAAGAGGUCGAUAUGAGUGAAGUUUGGGUUGAACAAGGUAUUCAUACAAUUGAAUAUUUUCUUGGUUGUAUUUCUCAUACGGCAUCAUAUUUACGACUUUGGGCACUUUCCUUAGCACAUGCACAAUUAUCUGAAGUCUUAUGGACAAUGGUUUUGAGAAUUGGUUUAUCAAUGGGAGGAAUUGGUUUAGGUGGUGUCGCUUUAUUUAUGGUUUUUACAACUUGGUCAACAUUAACUGUUUUUAUUUUGCUUUUAAUGGAAGGGCUUUCAGCUUUUCUUCAUGCACUUCGUCUUCAUUGGGUGGAAUUUCAAUCGAAAUUUUAUAAAGGUGAAGGUUAUCCAUUUGUUCCAUUUUCAUUUCAAUCAAUUCUUGAAGAAGCUGCUGCUGAAAAUUAA